GUGCGCAGCAGCAGCACACACCACCACCACCCCACGAUCUUGCGUGCAGCACCUGCUGCAUUUUCCCCACACACAGCGAAUUUGUGUUUCAGCCUCUAGUCUCCAGUACAGUAUGUCUUCUUCCCUCUAGAAACAGCACAGCCGAUCUGGUUAUGGAUGGUCACGAUGGAGCGGCUGCGCUUUCGCCCCACAGACCUUACCUCUGGCCGGAAAUCCACCGCCAGAAUGUCGGUCGCGGUCGUUUCCCUCGGUCGAACCGCCAGUCUGGUUUUAACCUUAAUUCUUCUGCUGUGCUGGGGCGACGUGCAGCUCUCCCCCGCGUUUCUCGGCGGCAACUACGACUCGAAUUCGAGUUUAUGGCAUCAUCAGAAUCAGCAGCAGCAGCAGCAGCAGAGACAGCAGCGCGGCCGAGCAGAGGCAUGCGCCGAGCAAGGCAGAGCGGCUUGCUCUACCGCUGCGGGGGGCGCAGCGGCGAGCGUGGGAGGAGUACCAGGAGUUGGCGGCGAAGGUAGCAUGCUCCGCGAAAACUACAGAUCGCCGCUGGCUCUCCCGUUACAAGCUCUCCCGCUACAGGCUUUCACGACGUCCUUAAGUCUUCUGCAAGUCCUCCUUUUUGGGUACGAGAGCUGCGCUAGCAGCACGGAGUCUCAUGUUCGCUCAUGCCGUCGAGAUUUUUCUGAACACCCUUCCGCAACCCUUUCCCCUGUACAACCCCCUUCAAUGAUCCCCUCUGAUCCUCCUCCUCCUGCGCUUCAAGAGCGUUCCCUCGGGAUUGACGGCGACGAACGUCAGCGAGCCGAGCAGCGGCUUUCAGGGGCCAAGCAGCAGUCGACAGGCGCGGAGAAGGGGAGUCGGAGUCACGACGAUGCGGCGACGAUUGAGGAGCGACUAGGCCAGACUGACUCUGCGGAGCAGCAGCAGACCGGUGGGGUUAAGGAGCCUUUACGUUCGGUAGCGGACGAGGUGGCAGGAGCAGGGAGGCCGGUGGAGACCUCGUUAGAAGCGACAGGAUCAGCUAAUAUCGAGGGUCUGCAUCGGAUUGACGGUGAUGCGUCGCUGGAUGCGGGUGCGGCGCCACUGGCAGCAGAAGCUGCCGUGGGAGCGGUAGGAGAGACAUCCGGAGAACGUGCAGUCGCGCCAGCAGCGAUAAUAGAUGUAGGAGCAGCUGCAGCCGUAGAAACAGUAGCGACAGGUACAGCAGCCGCAGAGACAGAAGCCGCAGUAGAAGCGGCAGCGGCACCAGCAAAAGCCAGUCAACCCGGUUCGUUCUUUGAUGACGAGGACGCGGAAUCCGCGCGGCCAGUGCGCGUGAUUCCCCCCGGGCUGGACGCGUACAAGCGGGAGUAUUUCGACAAGCAGAGGGCGGCGGAAGGAAACGAACCCCCCGCGGGGGUCGUUUCCGCGGGCAUCCCCAUCCCGCCCGCGGGAAUCGCGUACGUUGGCGCAGUGCAAGGCGCAGCAGGCGGAAGGCCUGGCGGAGCUUCUGCCAGUGUAUCCGCGGAUGCGCUUGCUCCCACUGGUGCCGCGCUCCCUGCGCCUGGGGUUGGGUUUCCGCCCACGGGAGGCGGAGCAGGCUCACUGGGGGGGCAGAUAGCAGACGGCGCAUUGGGGGGAACGCAGAUUGGGGAAAGUGCAGGUCUGGGGGGGAUGGGCGGAGCGAUGCGCGGGGGAAUGGGCGGCGGAAUGGGUGGUCAACCACCGGAGUGGCCUAGGCGCAGGCAGACAGGCACAGAUAAGAGUCGGUACAACUAUGCGUCCGUGAUUCACGGCGCCAAGAUAGUAGACUGCAGCAGCGAAGCCAAGCGACCCCAGGCCGUUUUAGACGAGGAUAAAGACAAGUACCUGCGCAUCCCCUGCAGUGUGGGGAACAAGUUCCUCGUUAUAGAGCUCUCCGAGUUUCUAGCGCGGAUAGAAACCAUUGUAGUCGCGAACUACGAGUUCUACGCAUCCUCCACGAAAGACUUCGAAGUCUGGGCCAGCAGGAACUACCCCUCGGACCGCUGGCACUUUCUGGGAAACUUCACGGCGCAGAGCGUGCGAACGCCCCAGGCGUUCGAGUUAAUCGGCAGCGGGGAUCUCGGCGAGUCAGUGCGGUAUAUAAUGGUGCGGCAGCUGUCGCACUGGGGGGCGGAGUUUUUCUGUACGCUGAGUCUGGUGAGGUUGCAUGGGGUGAACGAGCUGGAUGGGCUCAGAGAGGAGAUGGAGGCGAUGACGAGGAUGAUGGGGGCGGGCAGACAGGCUGCUGCGCCAAGCAGACCAGUGGUGAUUGAGCUGGGGGCGCCUCAGCCAGUUGUUCCUCAGGUGGUUUCCCAGGUGCUUCCUCUGGUGGUUUCUCGUUCGGUUGUUGUUCAGACGGCUGGUGCUCGGGUGGUUACCCUAGAACCGGUUGUUAACCAACCCGUGACUGCGAAACUUGGUUCAUCACAGCCUGUGCUCGCCGAACCUGGGGCUUCCGAACCUGUGGAACCCCACCUUGACGGUCCCCAGGAUCAAGGCUUGGAACCGUCAGCAGAGCAACCAGCCCAGCAAAUUCCCACUCCCUCGUCUCCUCCUCCUGUUCCUGCUCCCCCUCCCUCUGCUGCUCCCCCUCCCCCUGCUACUCCUCCUUCCCCUGCUGCUCCUCCUCUUGCUGCCUCCCCUUCUCCUGCCACCGCUGCUGCUGCCGAUACAUCAGAUUCUGCUGCUUCAUAUUCUUCCUCUCCUGCCGAGGCGUCCCAGGCAGCCAAUCCCGCCUCUACCUCCCCACUUGUGGCUGCUGGCGGUGAUGUUGCCCCCACCAAGGGACCCGUUAGCACAGAGAGGGAAGCAGCAGAGGAGCAGAUAGUGCGCGGUGACCUGGCAGCAGAGCGAGCAGCGGUAGCAGAGGGGUGUGAGGAGCAGGGGGGAGCAGAGAGAGCAGGUGAGCGAGGGGGCGGAGAAGGCGGGAGAGAGGGAGCGACCCAGCGAAGCGGUGAUUGUAGUUCGGAGAUUGCGAUUGGCAGCAGCAGCAGCAGCAGCAGCAGCAGCAGCAGCAGCAGCAGCAGCAGCAGCAUUAGUAGCGACAGCAGCAUUAGCAGCAGCACUUCUGGUGGAGAGAUAGCUCAGGGCAAGCAGAAGGCUGCAGGCGUCACGAGUGAAAGUGAGCGGAACGCUGGAGCGAGUGGUGAGAGUACCAGUGCUGCUGGGGCAGCCCGAGGGGCGUCUCAGGAUGAGGCUGUGGGCAGCCAGAACAGCCAGAACGGGCAGCAGACAGAAGGGGAGACAGCAGGGAUGCAAGUAGGUGCAAACGCCGAGGGGACAGUGACUGGCGCUGGUGGGAAGGGGAAGUAUGGUGGGGCUGCUGGUGCUGGGCCUGUAGAGUCCAUCAACAGCAGUAGAACAGCGGAAUUCAGAGCCAGUGCAGGCUUGGCGGAGGGUGGUGCUGCAGAUGGGGUGUCGGAGCAGGGGGUUGUUACACAAAGAAAUGCACAAGGUGCCGCUGCUGCUGGCGGUGCUGCUGGCGCUGGCGCUGCAAGUGCUGCGAGCACUGCUGCUGCUGCUGCUGCUGGUGUGGAUCCAGGUGUCGCUAGUGCAGGAGCGGCAGGUGCUGCUGCUGCUGCCGGUAACAGAGUAACGAGUGGAGAUGGUUCUGCUGGGGUGGGACUUUCAGGCAGGGUGUCAGAGGCAGCUGAUGAAGAAGGUGCCAGGAAGUUUCGCUACCUGGAGGAGCAAGCUAGAGCAGAGCAGGGAGGGGAGCAAGGAGGAGAGAGGGGCAGGGAGGGCGACGGUAUGGCAGAGGAGCAGAGGAGAGGGGGCGAGAAUCAGGGCAGUGGCAGUGACAGGGGUGUUCGGGAUGGCGAUGGGGAAGGUGGAGAGGCCCCGGUGCAAGAGGCCAGAGAGAAUGCCAGGCAGGAGCUUGGAUCAAGGGAGAGUGAGGAAGUGGAGCUGCGUUCUGCACAGGGAAGGAAAGAGGGGGAGUUGAAUGAAGCUGCAGGUACGGACAAGUCUAGUGUUUCCCAGCAACCGCCUCUAACAACUCUCACACCUCCCACAAUGCCCAAACCUCCCACACCUCCCACGCUGUCAGAGCUGCAUGUGGCCCUGGGGGGUGUCACGCCUGGUAUGGAGGGGGGGGGUAAGCGAGAGGCAGGGGCAGAGGACAGUGGGAGGAAGGGGGGAAGGGAUAGCAAAGACCCUGUAGUUGAGUCAGGCGCGUCUGCAGGCUCGUUACCAGGAGCAGCGGCAGGUGUGGUGCUUUCAGGAGCAAGAGGAGAGAUGGCUGGUGGUAAUAGCAGCUUAGACCCUGCAGCAGAAGCCAAGGCCGGUUCUCACAGCAGAAGCCAGGACGAACAUCCCAGUGCGUUAGGUAGUGGUGCGGAUGGUUAUAAUGGUGGCAUGGCCAGUGCUGGUGGUAGGGAGAUUUCCUUGGAAAUAAAGACAGCAGAAGGGGCGGGUAGGAGCAGCGGGAGUGGGGAUAGCUUUACUAGCAGCACAAUAGCAGACAGCAGUGUGGGCAGUGGCAGUGAAAGCAAUGAAGCCCCCCCGGUGGUCGGCAGUGGCAGCGCUAGCAGCACCAGCGGCAGCACUACCACCACCACCACGAGCGUGAUCACUAGGGCCGCACCUGCUUCCGCCAUUAGUCCCAGCACCACCACUGCAGUCAUUAGUGGUGGCAGCAGCAGCACUGGUGGCAGCAGUAUCAAUAUCGCAAGCGCUGCUGGCAGCAGCGGCAGCGGCAGUGGCAGUGGUGGUGGUGGCAGCGGCGGCAGCAGCUUUGGCGGCGCUGCUAGCAACCUGUAUGGGCUAAAGUCGCUGAUGCACAUGGUGCGGCUGUGGGAGGGCAAGCAAGCGGUGCUGGAGCAGUACGUGGAGGACAUGGCCGCCUCCUAUGCUGCCAACCUCGCCUCCACGGAUGCUGAGCUGUUAUCCUUGAGGACGCGCCUGCGGAACGCUACGGUUACCAUCGCGGGGCUGCAGGCGCAGUUGCAAAGCUUGGAGCGUCAACAUGUAAAGGAGCUAGAGCAAAUGCGAAGGGAAGUGUCAGAACAAGCGGAGAGCCUUCGACAAAGCAUCAAUGAUGCCAGAGGGCUCUCUUCAGAAUUGUCGAAACGAUUAGAAGAUAUGUUUCGGCUGGUUAUAUUAGUUGCCACAACAGCAGGUGUCUUGGGCUUUGUCCUAGGAGUUCUAAUCACACGUAGCUGGAGUUGUACAAUUUAUUAAUUAGGUUUGUUUAGGUUUGUAGGCAUAGAUUCUAGCUUGGUGUAUAUGGUCUGCAGGGGGUCCCUUGAAGCGGGACAAUGUUUUCCCCCAUUUAGUCCCCUUUUUC